AUGGAAGCUCAAGUUCACAUUUUAGUCAGACUCGAAGAUGAAGAACCCCAAGAACUUCCUGCUGUCCCGUUGAAUAUUGAAGAAUUAUGCAACUUAAUUUACAAAUCAACUGGAGCUAUACAUUUCAAGGUAAAAUACAGAGAUGCAAUAAUUUCCAAUACUGAGCAAUUACUCACAGCUUAUUUAGAAAAUAAAGAGCCCACCCUUGAGUUUGUUAUAGAAGAAGAACUAUCUAUGCCAAGCUACAUAGGAAGCUCUAUACAAAAUGUAUCCCAAAGCUUGAGACAGCCUAAAAAGCUUAUCGUCUCAAAUGGUGUCAUCAGCAAGGCAGACUUGCUUGCCCUAAUCGAAGAAAUCGGGAAUGCAGCCCAAAAAAGAGUCGCAGAAACCUAUAAAAGUUUUUUAAAUAAAAGGCAAGAAUUUUAUUCAAUUGAUGAAGGGAAAUGGCAAUUAGCAGCUUUUGAGCAUCUGCAGUUCCAAGAAACUCUCUUGGCUGGAGUUCUAGGCGAUGUUUGCAAGCAGGCUGGAAUAAACCCAUUGAUAUUCAAUACUUCUUGUAGAGCUAAUGAAACAGAUCAAGAGGUCCGCGAUUCUCUUGAAAGAAUGACCACUAAGCUUAUACAGGUAAAUGUCCAAAAGCCAGAAUCCCUUACAAAGGAAGUAUUCCACCAAAUAAUGGAAUAUCAGUCCCAAUUCCUCGAGAACUUUUUACAGCGAAACCCUCCCAGAUUCCCAGCUGAUGUAAUUUUGUUGCAUUUUAGAGAAGGAGAUGAACUGAUGAAAAUUUUUGGGUAUGAUGAGAACGAGAUAUCAGCUGCAAUGUCUGAGUUUAAAUUUGAGACUGAUGGAGAAUGGGAGCCUCUAACUCCCCCAUCAGUGAGGAACAAAAAUUUUUAUAAUAGAAAAAUUUUUAAUGGAAAAAAUUUUUGAUAUAUAAGUGAUAAGUAUUAUAAUGAAAUCUCGAGCUAUUUCUGCUUAAUUUAAACUAUUUGCGUUUUAAAACAUAAAUGUUACAAAUUAAAUUAAUAUUUGAUUUCCAAUUUUUGCGAAGCAUUUUUUUAAAUUUCGAAGAAAAAAAAUUAGUCCCCUCUGUGAGCGAAUAAUAAUUUUUAGGGAGGGGGAGUAAGAAAAAAACUUCAUGAUGCUGUUGAGAAUUGCAUGUCAGGUAGUCAAUAA